CAAAGCCCGUCUGGUAGAACUACAGCAUCCCGGAAGCUUACUGAAACAAAUCUAAAAAUAACAGCGAGACUAAUGGAUUAAAACACAUUUUGCUGCAGACAAUGUCAUCAGAACAGCAACCCCUAAAUGUCCCACCACGGCCACAUGACUUGCUGAGACAGCAGUUGAUGGAGAGACUUCUUACCAGACUGCAAUCUGCCAUAAACCAAGUACCACUAAAUUUGGAUUAUUUGGAGUUUCUGACACGCCACGAGCUUAUUCUAUUUGAAUCGUUCUCUGGGCAGAUAGGCAGUGUAUCAAACAUUACAGAAGCACUACAAAACCUCUAUGAUGUUAUCAAAAGGGAAAUGAAUGCCAGAUCUAUGCCCAUUGUUGAACAGGAAACAGAGGUUGGUCCAGGUUCUGGUCACCCCAAAAUUGUAAUAGAGAAAGAAAAACUAAAGAAUUUGCUGGACACACAUCUGCCAGUCUCCUGCAUUGAAAAAUUGUUGUGUGUUUCAAGGAGAACAAUUUACAGAAGAAUGAAAGAAUUUGGCUUAUCUGUAAGAGGAUCAUACAGCACAGUGACUGACCAAGAGCUUGACAACAUCAUUUCAGCUAUAAAAAGUCAGAUGCCAAAUGCUGGUUAUAGAAUGGUUCAAGGCCAUUUGGUGUCAAUGGGUCACCGCAUUCAGUGGUGGAGAAUGAUGGCCUCCAUGCAUCGGGUUGAUGCUGCAGGGAUCUUCUUACGACUCACAGAACUAGGUUGUGUUGUGCGAAGAAGUUAUUCUGUGCGAGGCCCUCUGUCAUUGGUCCACAUUGACACAAAUCACAAACUGAUCAGAUACAACAUUGUGAUCUUUGGAGGAGUGGACGGCUACUCAAGGAAGAUCUUGUACUUGGAUGCUGCAACAAAUAACAAAGCAUCAACUGCAUUCUCAAUCUUCCUGAGAUCAACCCAGCUUUAUGGCUUACCAUCAAGAGUAAGGGGGGAUCAGGGUGUUGAGAACGUGGACAUUGCACACUUUAUGUUCACCACACGGGGAACAGGAAGAGCCAGCUUUAUCUCGGGAAAGAGUGUCCACAAUCAGAGAAUAGAGCGACUUUGGCGGGAUGUCUGGGUUGCAGUCACUAGCAAGUACCAUGAUGUUCUACACUCUCUCGAGGAAGACGGUCUGCUUGAUAUCUCUGAUGAGGUUCAUCUUUUUGGUGCCCACUACAUAUUUGUCCCUCGACUCAGAGCAGACCUUGAGACCUUCACUGGAGGAUGGAAUAAUCAUCCUCUACGGACAGAGGGAGGUCUCAGUCCUGAACAGCUGUGGUAUAUGGGACAUCAACAAGAUCUAUACGAAGGGGAGAGUCUUGAGGAACUUCAAGAUCCAGGCAUUGAAUGGGAGAGUGCAAUGCUCCAAGGAGAUGCCAACGGUACAGUUGUGGUUCCUGAAAUUUUGUGCCCACUAGAUGAUGAAGCCCUGGAAGAACUUCAGAGAACUCUUGAACCUAUGGAACAUUCUCAGUCACAUGGUCGUGACUUGUACACACGAUACUUGCACAUAGUAUCCAACCAACAAUGACAUUUAAACCUGAACUUCUUAGCUGGUUACAAUAUUGCACUUGGCAAAAACAUCCCAUUAUGUUUACCAAUGAACCAGGAAAAAAAGGCACUUAAGGAGAGGCACCCUUUGGGAUGUAUAACUAACAGUAGCAACAGCUGUUACAAGUUCUAUCUAGCUCUAAAAAAAGAAAUACUAAAGAUGUUAUACAACUAGAGGUGAGAAAAGUAAAAGUGCAGAGUUCACCCAUUUUGGGAAGUCCCUAAAUAAAACCCAAAUU